AUGUCUCUUGUGCCAAGUUCUCAUAGGGGCAUCGUGCACCGCUUUUACGGCAAAGGUGUCGCCUUUGAACACCUUCUCACGUUGGAAACCCCGAGUAGCCGUAACACUCUCAUCUGGAUCGGGGGCCUCGGCGAUGGCCUGCUCACCGUAACUUACCCAACGAAACUGGCUGAAAAACUACCUCCAAACUGGUGCAUAGUGCAAGCCUUACUCUCCUCCUCAUAUAGCGGCUGGGGCACGAGUUCCCUCAAGCGCGAUGCGAAGGAGCUUGCCCGCUGCGUCGACUACUUCCUCAAGCAGCGACCAGGGGGUAAAGUUGUGCUCAUGGGCCACUCCACUGGGUCCCAGGAUGUCAUGGAGUAUCUUGUUGGCGAAGGCAGCCAGAGUCGACCUCCAAUAUCUGGAGCCAUCUUCCAAGCUGGCAUAAGCGACCGCGAGGCUUUGGUGCAGCACAUGCCGGCCGAGUUGUACCAGAGCAGCUGCAGCCUUGCGCAGGAGUGGGUGCGAGAUGGUCGCGGCGACGAAAUACUACCAAAGUCUGCCACGAACAACAUUCUUGGUGCUCCCGUCACCGCAUAUAGAUGGCUCAGCCUUGCGGCUAAGGGAGGAGAUGAUGAUUACUUUAGCAGUGAUCUCGACGACCAGCAGUUGAAGAAAACUCUUGGGGCAUUGAAACCGGAGACGCCUGUUAUGUUCCUCCUCAGCGGCUGCGACGAGCAUAUGCCGGACUUCGUUGACAAGGAUGCCCUCAUCGCCAAAUGGUCCAAUAUCAUCAAGGAGGCCGGAGGAGCCGUUGAUGAGGAGCAUGGCGGCGUUAUCGAAGAAGCCUUUCAUAACUUGGAAGGCGAUCCGGACGAGGUUGUGCAGGAUUUGAUCAGACGGGUUAAUGGGUUUCUGAUGACGAUUGACUCGGGAGAUAGGAAGGACUCUUCGAAUCUUUGA